AUGGUGGUGCGACAUGGCGGAGAUGAGCACGAAGAAGGCGAGGGACCCUGGAUUACGAAGGACGUGGUCGUCCUUCUUCACGGGCUGGGCAUGAUCCUGGCGUGGGGAUUCUUCCUCAACAUUGGCUCGGUGAUUGGGCGCUACUACAAGAAGCCGCCGCACGACCUGUUCGCGCCGCGAUGGUUCGAGUGGCACGCAACGUUCCAGACCGUGGGCUUCUUUAUCGCGCUCGGCUCCGGCCUGCUCAUCAUCGUUCACCUCUCGUGGAACAGAUUUCCCGGAGAGCACUUGGGCGGACUGCACCAGGUCAUGGGAGUGCUGCUGCUGCUGUGCGCCAUCGCCCAGCCCAUCAUCGGCGUCGAGGCCCAUCGCGAUUUCCUCCGUCUGCGGGGUCCCGGUCGCUUCCACCCGCCGCACAGGUGGCUCGGCCGAUUCCUGAUGCUUGCGGCUGUGCCCACCAUGGGCUUCGGAUUCAAGGAGCUCGGCAAGCACAUCAUGCAGAUCGACACCAUCGUCUGGUGGGCUUUUGCGAUUCUCGUGGUGCUCGGCACCGUCAUUAUCAGCUAUGGCGAGUGGUCCCUGAGCGGCCAAGUCAAGCCUCGCCCCGCCAAGUCUGAGUUUGAGCUCCGUGACGUCACCGGCAAGUCGGGCGUGGUCGACGAGGACCACUACGGCACUGACGAAGUGGACGCGGUCGACGACGUGCGAAUGAGCGCAGCUGCCUCGGUCAACAAUGGCGUGGAGGAGGACAAGCGCACCGUGGUCGACUUCGUGUUUGAGCGCGAGGAGGUGCUGCGCAAGGAGCGCAAGCGAAGCCAGACGGUCCUGAUCGGCUGCUCAGUGCUCUCGCUCGGCAUCGUGCUCUUCAUCUGCGGCUACAUGAUCAACUCCUACCGCAACAUGGACAUGGACCAGGACUGA